CUGCCAGGAGCCCGCCUCUCCGGGCCUCCCUCCCGCCCCGUCCCCAGCGCCCUCCUCGGCGCCUUCUAUAUGGGCCACCUUCUCUCGAAGGAGCCGCGUAGCCGCCCGAGCCAGAAGAGGCCUCGCUGCUGCAGCUGGUGUCGCCGCCGGCGCCCUCUCCUCAGGCUGCCCCGCCGGACGCCGGCCAAGGCGCCCCCCCAGCCGGCGGCGCCCCGGAGCCGGGACUGCUUCUUCCGCGGGCCCUGCAUGCUCUGCUUCAUCGUGCACAGCCCCGGCGCGCCCGCCCCCGCCGGCCCAGAGGAGGAGCCGCCGCUGUCGCCGCCGCCGCGGGACGGGGCCUACGCCGCCGCCUCCUCCCAGCACCUGGCGCGGCGCUACGCGGCCCUGGCCGCUGAGGACUGUGCCGCCGCUGCCCGCCACUUCCUGCUUUCCUCGGCCGCCGCCGCCGCUGCCGCCGCUGCCUCGGCUUCGUCGCCCGCUUCCUGCUGCAAAGAGCUGGGGCUGGCCGCGGCCGCCGCCUGGGAGCAGCAGGGCCGGAGCCUCUUCCUGGCCAGCGUGGGGCCCGUGCGCUUCCUGGGGCCGCCCGCCGCCUUGCAGCUCUUCCGGGGGCCACCGCCGCCGCCAGCCGAGCCCCAGGCGCCCCCCGAAAUGGUGUGCAAGCGGAAGGGAGCCGGGGUCCCCGCCUGUACGCCCUGCAAGCAGCCCCGCUGCGGCGGCGGCGGUGGGGGUUGCGGCGGCGGCGGUGGCGGCGGCGGCGGCGGCCCUGCGGGGGGAGGCGCUUCGCCGCCGCGGCCCCCCGACGCUGGCUGCUGCCAGGGUCCCGAGCAGCCCCCGCCGCCGCUCUGCCCCGCGCCCGCUUCCGAGUGCGCCCCCAUCGAGGCCGGCGGGGACGCGGUCCGAGCCGGGGGCACCGCCCCCUCGUCCGCCCAGCAGCAGCAUGAAUGUGGCGACGCGGACUGUCAGGAGCCCCCCGAGCACCCCUGCGACUGUCCCAGGGAGCCGCCCCCCGAAACCCCAGACAUCAACCAGCUGCCGCCGUCCAUCCUGCUUAAGAUAUUUUCCAAUUUGUCCCUGGAUGAACGUUGCCUUUCUGCAUCGUUGGUUUGCAAGUACUGGCGUGAUCUUUGUUUAGAUUUCCAGUUUUGGAAGCAGCUGGAUCUUAGUAGUCGUCAGCAGGUUACUGAUGAAUUAUUGGAAAAAAUUGCAUCAAGAAGUCAGAAUAUAAUUGAAAUCAACAUUUCUGAUUGUCGCAGUAUGUCUGAUACUGGAGUUUGUGUUCUAGCGUUUAAGUGUCCCGGACUUCUUAGGUAUACAGCCUACAGGUGUAAACAGCUCUCUGACACCUCUAUUAUUGCUGUGGCCUCUCACUGCCCUUUACUUCAGAAAGUGCAUGUAGGCAACCAGGACAAACUUACAGAUGAAGGACUCAAACAGCUGGGCUCAAAAUGCAGAGAGCUCAAAGAUAUUCAUUUUGGCCAAUGUUACAAGAUCUCAGAUGAAGGCAUGAUCGUCAUAGCUAAGGGCUGUCUGAAAUUACAAAGAAUAUACAUGCAGGAAAACAAAUUAAUUCUCGACUGACAUUUUAUCGUGUUAUUGUGUCCACGCUCUUUAGUUCUUCCUGGAGCCUUCUGAAUUUCACAUGCCCUGCUUCAAUCAGCUCCUGCAGAGUGGAUAACUUACCUAGGGACCCAGGCCUUACUGGACAAGCAACCAAUCAUGAACAGGGGCAGACUGGCCUUGUUUUUUUGUUUUUAAUUUUUAUAUAUUUUGGCAUUUCAAAGUAAUAGGUAUUCAUUAUAGCAAUUUAUUGGAAAGUAAAAGCAGUGAGUCUUUCUAGAAAUCUGUAUCUUUAUCUGAAAUGGAGGGAUUAUGUAGAAAAGCUUACCUGCUGCUUUUCUUUCCUUUUCAAUAACUUUUAAAUUGUGAAUUAAGCAUUUUUCCUCUCUAUUAACUGGUAUGUCUUUGUUUCCUAGUACAUAUUUUUGUAAUGUUAGUCUGCUUGUAUAGAUCUGAAAAAGCACUCUGAAAACUUUUGUUUGUACAAAAUAGAACUUUAAUGGUAUCUUGGGGAAGAAGGGCUGGUGAGAACUUCAGCUUUUAUAAGGAAGAGCAAGAGAGAUUUGCCUAAGGAGCUUUAAACCUGGUACAAAUUAGGAACUUAUUCACUAUGUCAUAAAAGUAUCUAGGGCCAAUCCUGAUUAAAUGAUUUUUAGCAAGUUUUUUAAAAAAAUGAAACUUUCAUGUUAGCCUGUUUUAGAAUAAUAUAAAAAAUUUUGGACUUCUGUUGCAGGUAUCUACUCAGAUUAAAAUUGUCAGUAUUGGCAGUUAGUAAUGCAGGGACAGAGUAAAGGAAAAAUGUGUUCUAUUGUCUUAUUUUUGUUUAAGUAUUAGUACUACAUAAACCAAAAAGUCAAUUUUAAUAUUUAAAUUAGUGACAGAAUUUCAUGUGGCUAUGGCAAAAAGGACUCAUUUUAUAAACUGCAAGAAUAAGUAUAGUAUUUUGAAUUCUGAAGUAUUAGGAUUUUCAAUUUUUUGUUUCAU